CCACCUCAAAACUUCACAUAAUUCUACCUAUUGCAUUUUCUUUCUGAAACGGUUUGUGCUUACAUCUAGUUCUAUGUGAUCUUGAGAAGUUGUACCGAGAAACAGGAGAAUGGCUGUAAUAUGCUGCCUGAAGAACAGCACUUAAAGGGUGCUUCCUAGCUUGCUCUUCCAGGAUUUUCACCUGGAGUUGACAACUGCAGGCUUUUUCUAGUAACAAGAGCUGUGCAGUCCCUAACUCACUUAGCACCCUUGGGCAUUUGUCUUUUUUUCAGCCAACGAGUGGUGUCUCGGAAGCGGAGCAUGUCCAGCUUGAUAAAGAGGGUUUGUUGUUUGGAAUAUGUGUUACCCUGUAACAUCUCGGCUUUGCAGAGAUGACAUGAAGUGAAAAAGUUGCCAAAUCCCUUAUUCUUGAGUUGGUGUCCCGUCCUGGUCGCAUCGCCCCUCUCUCGGGCAAGGUCCGCCAGUCGCCUCUCAGGCCGGGGAGGGGCGCGGCGGCAGCGGAUACCCCCUCCCGGGAUUCAAGCACGAUGGGGGGCUUAGCCCGUCCCCCUGUCGGAGCCCGUGGGCCCGGGGUCCCCGCGGUGCGGGGCUGCCCAGGGACACCCAGGACGGAGGCACCCCGGCGCCGGUGCCCGCGAAGAAGGCGGCCCUGCUCUGCGGGGCCCGGGUCGAGGGGAGGCGGCCGGGCGGUGUUUACCCCGUACCGGGACUGCUCUGGUUCUCUGCUUCUCCUCUCGCACAGGAUCGCCGUUCCGUUCCGUGCUCGGUGUUCGCGGAUGUGGGUACCGAGCCAUGAAGUGCCGUCGUGCCAAACCCUGAGAGAGGUACCAAGUGCUGCCGGUCUGUAACAGCCCGCCGGGGCCGCCGCCGGCUCCGCAGCAGGUCGUGUAGCAUCUGCCGGCGGGUUUGAACUCACUGCCUGCUUGUAGGGUUAUUGGAAAGCAACUGCCUCCUCGAGAUUCCUUGCCUAAUCAGAGGUGUUACCUCCUCCUCUUCCCCCAGUGUCUCUUGACAUCAUUUCAUCCAUCAGAGUUUCAGAGGAAAAAAAAACACCAACCAAAGCAGAACCCACCCAGUCUGAGAGCAGCCCACACCAGCUCCUCAGUUUUGCCGUGACUGCAGGGAAGAGCUGGAUCGGGGCAAAGAUGAAGGAUGGGAGCGGGGCUGAACUCCAUGGCCUGAGAGAUUUGGUGCGGGGCGAACCGAGAGGAAUCCAGAGCGAUGCACCAACCGGCAUCCCCCGUUUCCCGGCAGGGGAUCAGUGAACCCCGCGAUCGCGCGUGGGGAUGCGAAGGCGCUUGACCCACGGGAAAGAAGUAACCCUCAAGGUGCGUUUGCUCCUGCUCGUCAUUGUUGCUUCAUGGGACUUCUUCUGCCCCCCACAACUGACCUGAUGUGGACCGAAGCGUUUCUAACAUGAACUUUCUCCCUGGGAUCUGGUGGUCUCUUCCGUUGGUCUUGGUCUGGGCGACCCCACCAGUCACCUCCUCAUGGUGGUACAUGGGCGCCGUGGGCUCGUCGCGGGUGAUGUGCGACAACGUGCCGGGCCUGGUGAGCCGGCAGCGGCAGCUGUGCCGGCGGCACCCCGAGGCGAUGCUCUCCAUCGGCCGCGGCGUGGCCGCCUGGACGGCCGAGUGCCAGCACCAGUUCCGCCGGCACCGCUGGGACUGCAACGCCCUGGAGCGGGGGCAGCGCCUCCUCGGCCGCGUCCUGCUGCGCAGUAGUCGAGAAUCUGCUUUUGUACAUGCCAUCUCCUCUGCUGGAGUUGUCUUUGCCAUCACCAGGGCAUGUAGCCAAGGGGAGCUGAAAUCCUGCUCCUGUGAUCCCAAGAAGAAAGGUUCUGCCAAGGACAGCAAGGGCCAUUUUGACUGGGGUGGCUGCAGUGAUAACAUCGACUAUGGCAUGAAAUUUGCCAGAGCCUUUGUGGAUGCCAAAGAACGGAAAGGAAAAGAUGCCAGGGCGCUGAUGAACCUUCAUAACAACAGAGCUGGAAGGAAGGCUGUGAAGCGGUUUUUGAAACAGGAGUGCAAAUGUCACGGUGUGAGUGGAUCGUGCGCUCUAAGGACCUGCUGGCUGGCCAUGGCAGACUUUAGGAAAACAGGAGAUUAUCUGUGGAAGAAAUACAAUGGAGCUAUUCAGGUGGUCAUGAAUCAAGAUGGCACGGGUUUCACUGUGGCUAAUAAGAAAUUUAAGAAGCCAACUAAGAAUGACCUGGUAUACUUUGAAAGCUCUCCAGACUACUGUAUCCGGGACAGGGAUGUAGGGUCCCUUGGGACAGCUGGUCGGGUGUGUAACCAAACCUCCCGUGGCAUGGACAGCUGUGAAGUGAUGUGCUGUGGGAGAGGCUAUGACACCUCCCGCGUCAGCAGGAUGACAAAAUGUGAGUGCAAAUUCCACUGGUGUUGUGCUGUGCGCUGCCAGGACUGCCUGGAAGUGGUGGACAUUCACACCUGCAAAGCGCCAAAGAGUGCUGGCUGGAUUUCCCGGACAUGAUGCACGGGCUACUGAUGCUGAGGACCACAGCCUUUGCCCAUUUGGUUCGUACAGGGAAUGCAUCAGAGGUCUUUUUUAUGCUGGUUUUGCCUUUGUUGUUCACUGCACAGAAGCUGCUGAAUAAUUGAUACAAACCCUGCAGCAUUUUCUUUGCAUUUCUGCAUGACAGUGUUGCUGCAGACUUGUCUGUGCAUAAACUGAUGCAGCUCUGGAAGGACGUAUUAUGCCAAGACUCUUCCAACAACCAUGUAACUCUCCUCUGGAAUCCUUGUGGCAAUUCAUUCGCGCCAUCAGGAACACAAGAAGAUACAAAAUGUGGCACUUUUGCAAGAUCACCACCACCAACCACACGGGCUGGGCUUGCUCAAGCAUCUUCUGAAGGCUCUUGGGCAGGUCACAGUUGAGCCCUAGAUACCGAAUGCCUCAGGAGUUUGAGCACUGGUUGGUGAUUUCCCCAUGAAAGAAAAUUUGGGGCCAGAUUGUUGAAAAGCUUUUCUGGAAGGGUGUUUGUUCAUCCCUGGUGGACUGGAGUUCCCAGUAAGGCGGCCACCUGAGGCCACCCUGGCCAACAUUAGCACACUCUGGCUUCCUGUGGGGCAUGAAUUGGCCCAUGGCCUGAAACAAAAGAAAUUGCAGGAGAUGCAUUCAGCCACAACACUUUGAUGAACUAUUAAAGAGUCAAAGCAAAUGUCUUAGUUAUAUGUUUGUGAAAACUUGCCUUAAAAGUUUUAAAAAGUAAUUAAUAUUAACUGCUGAGGAUUUUCUUUUUCUGACCAGAAGGAUUGAAGAGAAUGGUUUUUCAGCCUCAAGAAAGCUGGGUACAGGACACUCAACUACCUAAGGAUAAGGUCUCCUCCUUUUCACAUUCACAAUAGUGGAAAAAUGUUUGUGAACAGUGUUGGAGAAGGAAAAGCCUUGCCUCAGUAAUGACUUCUAUUCUAAAGAAGUUAUCGGCUUCUAUGUUCUUUUAAAGUUAAUAAAUCUCUUAAAUGUGCUCAAAAUUAUAUUUUCCACUUAGGGACUUCCAAAUUAGAUUUUUUUCUGCAUACUGUCUGCAAAAACCCAUGCCUGUGAUUCAGAGUGUAUCAGAUUGUGAUGGAGGCAGUUACAGGUUGCGCCACGCCCAUGUGCUGGGCUGGGAUCAACACAAAACAAGAAGUUGCUGUAAAGAUGUGCAGGCUUAUGAGGCCCAGAAAUGCAGCCUUGGUGGAGAGGAACUGGGUCAGAAAGAGAUCAGUUGCCUCUCCUCCGGGCAGAGAUCAGCCACGUGAACCAAGAGAAAAAUGGGUUCUGUGCCAAUAAGUAUAAUAAGGCUCUGAAAAAGCGCCCAUGAAGAGUAGAGACAGGCAAGGUAAUGAAAAAAUAACAUGGGAAAAGGAACUUGAAUGAGUGAUAGAAUGUAUCGUAGAUGAAAGUAAAAUUUCGAUAUGAAAAUGAAAUAAACUGGAAGAACCCCAGCAGGUACAAACAGUGCAGGAAAAAGUAAUAACCAAGAAGCCAACCAAGGCACUAAAGUGAAUACUUUGGGUAUGUUUUGUUUUUGGAACUUUCUAAAAAGAAUUUUUAAAAAGAAGAGGGUUUGGCAUUAAGUGGUCUUGAGGGAGCAGUCAUUUAUGUCUGCAAGGCUUUGGAAAAAGUUUGCAUCAUUAAAAUGGGUAAUUCAGCUCCAGAAGGCACAGCUGGCAUUAAAAGAUUAGGGGGCUCCAGAAAGUUCUUUAUUCGGACAAUAAGAUAAUGUUUCAGUUACUGAAAAUGGAAAUGAUCAUGGUUAGAGGUAACAAUAAUCCACUUCUGUCUAUAAACCAACAGCUGGUGGAACAGCUCUGCCCACGUUUGUGCACAUGCAGUGCAUGUAUAAUGGGGACAUACGUACCCACGUGCAGCUCAGGGGUGAUACUGCCAGCCUCUUCAUUGCUGCCAAUGCUGGCUCUGGGCUGGAUAAGGAAAAUUUCAUACCUAAUUGUAUUUAAAGGUGAGCUCCAAGGAGAAUUUUUAUUGGGAUUUCACAGUGAAAUUAAAUCCACAUGUAGUUCAUAGCCUCAGCAAUAUAAUAUUUUAAGCCUUUAAGAAUUUAAAAGCAGUAUAAUGAUUUUUAACUUUUUAGAGCCUUUUUAAAAAAAUAUUCAGGGAGCCUGAGUAGUCUAAAAGAUUAUCUAUGUAAUAAAGCUGAAAAUAUUUCAAUGUUCUGGAAAAAAGAAAAAAGGCUCAUUCUCAUGAGAACUUGUUCUAGGAAGUUGAAUGAAGGAUAAUGAAACCAGAUCUCUUCUUAAAUCUGUUGUUUAAUGUCCCAGAUAAAGUCUUUUAGAGUCACUGUAUCAAAGGUGUAUUAACUUUUAUUCCCCAACCUGGUUCUCCUCUGCUAAGGUACAUCUUCUUGCUCCAAACCUUCCUCUGGGCCAGAGGACUGUGGUUCCUGAAGGCUGGUCUUACCAGUAAGACCAGGAAGAUGGGGACAUUGAGUCCCUUGGCCUUUUCAGUGUCCUUUGUCACCCUGUCCGGCAGCAAGCCCAUCCAGGUGUGCACAGCAGGCUGAUGUUCCCAUUUCAGGCACGUGCCAUAUCAAUAAGUUGUGAUGCAAUACCUGCAUCAAAACCACCAGAAGAAACCCAGAAUAUUUCACAGCGUAACAAAUGGGUAAGUGCUGAGCUGGCCACUUACUUGAUGACAGUUUUUUCUGUAUUUAUGGUUUUUUGGGGGUUUUUUUUAAGAGCUCAAGGUAGGCUUCUUACAGCUGUAGGCAUUUCUGCUGCCUCUUCCACAAGGAAAUGCACUCCCAGAAACUUUUGCUAUUUCUCAGUAGCAAAAGACACUCAGAGAUGUAAAUAUUGCUAGGAAAGGCCCCUCCAUGGUUCAGCAAAUCCAGCAAAGAAUGUAAGAGGGGAAAAAAAGAGGGAAAAAAAAAAAAAAGAAGAAACAGAAAUCAGGCAUGGCAAAUGAAAUACUGUAUUUUGUUCUGUGGAAUAAAUUUACUCAUGUAUUUAGUCAUGAAGAGGAAACAGCUGUCUCUAGGUAGACAUUUUAGUGUCAGAAUAAUGUUAGCUGAGGCUAAAGGUUGUAGGAUUAUUUUUUUUAAAUAGGCAGUCCAAUUUUCUUGAGGGAGUUCCCUUUAAUUUGCUGCAUGAACUCAGGAUCUAGCAGCGCCCUGAAAUGCUGUUAGCCUGCCAAGCUUUUUGGGAUUGCUCCCUCCCCAAUAUUUUCAACAAACUUCACCUUAAAAAGUGUGUUGUGCUUUCACAGGUGAAAUCUCGUAAAAAAAGUCUAAUUUUCUUUUACCACAUGAUAAAUGGGGAAUGACUUAGGAAUGGUGGUGUGUAUUAGGGCAUGUGGGCAUUGAAGCUUGAGAGAUUGCUGCUUUUUCUUUUCCCAGAAAAAUAUCUAAAACCAGUUUGUGGAUCUCAUCCUGGCCUCCCACCCCUGUGUUCAUUUCUUUGCAGAUGUGAAUUAGAAAUAAAAUGCUGCAUUUCUGGUACUGCGCUGCACAGCUGCUGAAGGGCAUCCAGCCUGCAUGCCCAAACCACAGCUGCUGGUCCCUGCCUGCAGGCUUCAUGUCCAGCUUCUUGUGGGGCUCAGUGUAUGGUGGCAAGGGGGAAAGGAAUGUUUAGGGAUUUCUGAAGAUCUGGAUCUGGGGAGGGUGCUUUUGCUAAGAAAAACAGCUCUUACUCCAGUGUGGCAGCACAAAGUGUACCAAGACUCGAUCUUCUCCAUGGCGUUUGCCCCGCACUCUUUGGAAGGGCUUCAUGCAGGUGACCGCUGCCUCCACGGGCAGAAGUGGUUUUGUGGUCACAUGUCACAGCCUGCAGGUUUUACCUGCCACUUCAAAUGGUACAAAUGAACUUACAGUAUUAUCAGCAAGAGAGCAGCAGCUCAUGAGCUCUAACCACAAACAUGAUUUUGGGUUGUUUCUUUCGUGUAACAGCUCAUUUGCCUGGUGAAAUGGAUGCAACUUCAUAAAGUAAGAUCUCUUGUGUGAAAGAAGCAAAUGCAUAUGAAUCAAUACAUUGACAGCUCCCUCUGUGCUGGGAGCUGGGCAGGAGCCCUGCUGGAAGCCAGGUGGAGCCAGGGGCUACCUUGUACAAUCUGCUGUAACUACAGCCACUGAGGUUUUCAGGGCCACCACAGGGUGACAGCCACACUGGUUGUAAAGGGGUGUGUGUGGUGUGUGCAAGAGGUGCAGCUUCCUUUGGAUGUUUAGUUUCUGCAGGUUUCUUCAACAUGGCAAGACUCCUGAUAAUUUGCCUCAUUUCAACAGGAGUAAGGAAUUCUAUGCUCUGAAAACACAGUCUGUAUGUUCAGCAUACACACCAAAUGCUGAAAGAGAGAAAGCAGCAGCCAGAGAAAGCAGCAGCCCUCCCCUUGGUAUAGCACUCACCUCUCCGAGCGCAGUUCCUGCCAGGGAGCAGCUGUAAACCUAUCCAGUGGCAGACAGGGACAGAAAGUGGCCAGCUUGACUUGACACUCCUGGGGGGGUCCUUUCCUUUUUUGUUCCAUGCAGUUUAUAUGUAAA